GAGGUGUGCGCUUUGGAGCGAGACUUUGAGAGAUUCCCGUUCGGAGACAAGACAUUAGUCGGUGAGAGAGGAGUACAGCUGUCGGGCGGACAGAAGGCCCGCAUCGGGUUAGCCAGAGCGUUGUAUCGAAACUCAGACAUUAUAUUAAUGGACGACCCGUUGAGUGCUGUCGACACUAGUGUUGCCAAACAUAUAUUUGAUAAAUGUAUAGUCGACUACUUGUGCGACAAAAUCCGUAUUUUAGUCACACAUCAAAUCCAAUUCAUACGAAAAGCGACACAAAUAUUGGUUUUGAACGACGAGGGAAAGUGUCUGGGAUUGGGAUUCUAUGAUGAGCUCCAGUCCCGGGGCUUAGACUUCAUGUCUAUUCUCAGCGAUCGGGAGAGAGAGCCAGACAUGAAAGCAGAGGAGGGGGAGGACAGGGAGAGACAACUUAACGGUUAUGACAUUAAAAUAAAAUAUCAGAGAACAUCAGUGAACGACAAUUUGGUGACUAGUAAUACUGAAGUGGAAAACACUGAACCGAAAAUCGCUGACGAAUACAAGGAAACGGGUUCAUUAUCUGGCAAAGUAUAUAGCACAUUUAUUAAAGCAGGCGCCGGACCAUUGCUAUUUUUCAACACCAUUUUAUUUACGAUCAUCGCUCAAAUUAUUUAUCACGGAUCGGACUAUUUUUUAACUCGAUGGACUAACAAAAAUCAAAACACGGAUAACACGAACACAUCUGAUCAAAACAGAGAUAUGAUUAUCUACACUUCACUGAUGUUUGCGCUGUUCAUCGCAUCCCUAUUGAGAGCCAUCACAUGGUUUGUAAUGUUUAUGAGGGCUUCAGUUAAUCUCCACAACAGUAUGUUUUAUCGUCUAUUACGGGCCCCGAUGUAUGUGUUUGAAAAUAACCCUGAUGGUCGGAUAUUGAAUCGUUUUUCAAAAGAUCUUGGUACAAUCGAUGAGCAACUGCCGGAAACAGCCUGGGGCUUUAAUUUGGCCCUGACUCAAGGAAUCGGUGGAAUAAUCAUGAUUGUGAUCGUCAGCCCAUACUUAAUAAUACCAGCAUUUGUCUUAAUUGUAGUGCUCUUAGCAGCUAGGACUAUUUACAUGAAGUCUGCUAGGGACAUUAAACGUGCCGAAGGUUUAACCCGGAGUCCAGUGUAUUCACACGUGAGCACAACACUCAAUGGGUUGGCCAGUGUUCGGGCCUUUGGGGCGCAGGAGAUGUUUGAAAAACAAUGUUACGUGUACCAAGAUGAUCACUCGGCCACCUGGAUGCUCAACUUGACCGCCAGCGUUGCAUUCGCUUUACUAAUGGACGGACUUUGCUUUUUAUAUAUUGUAAUUAUAUUCGCGGUGUUUAUGGUAUUCCCCGAAAAGCUGGGAGCGAGCGAUGCGGGACUCGCUUUAUCAUCAGCCCUAAUGUUGUCGGGAAUGACUGAAUGGGGAGUCCGUAAGUCGGCAGAGAUGGAGAGUCAGAUGACUUCAGUCGAGCGCAUCAUUGAGUACUCAAAACUACCGCAAGAGGCGGCCCUCACAGCGCAUGAAAGCCGCAAACCUCCCGCCGAUUGGCCACAAAAGGGACGGAUAGAGUUCAGAGAUGUGAGCCUAUACUACAAGGGAUCGGACGAACCGGUGCUCAAGAACUUGAAUUGCGUUAUAAAGAGUGGAGAAAAGGUAGGGAUCGUCGGCCGGACGGGCGCCGGCAAGUCGUCCAUUAUAUCGGCGCUGUUUCGUAUGGUUGAGCCGAAUGGGGAUAUAAUAAUGGACGGCCUGUCUGUGGGAGGGAUAGGUUUGCGUGAAUUGCGGUCAAAGAUCUCAAUCAUACCUCAGGAUCCGGUGGUCUUCACGGGAAGUGUCAGAAAAAAUUUGGACCCUUUCGGCGAAUACAGCGAUCAAUACAUAUGGAGUGCCUUAGAAGAGGUGCAGCUAAAGGGGGCGGUGGGGGACCUCCCGGGCCAGUUGGACGCCCAGUUGGCCGAAGGGGGCGCUAAUCUGAGUGUAGGUCAGCGGCAGUUGGUAUGUCUGGCGCGGGCUAUACUGCGCCACAAUAGGGUACUAGUGCUGGACGAGGCGACCGCUAAUGUUGACCACAAAACCGAUGCCUUAAUUCAGACCACAAUUCGUGACAAAUUCAGUGACUGUACUGUCCUUACGAUCGCUCACAGACUCAACACUAUUAUAGAUUGCGAUCGCGUUUUGGUGUUAGACGCGGGAGAGAUCAUAGAGUUUGGCGAACCGUUUGUUUUACUGCAACAAAAGGGACAGUUGUAUGACAUGUGCCGCAAGACUGGCCGACAUAUGUUUAAUCGUUUACUAAAUAUGGCUAAAGAAUCACAUUUUAUGAGAUUUAAUGCAACACAAAUCGACGGCGAGGACAUUGAGACUCACCUUUGAUUAUAAUAUUAAAUA